UCCGCCCAAACGAGCCUCCGGACGACCAUUAGCAGUCUCGACUAGCUCCCGGGAUUUAUGGGUUCGUGGUAAUACUACUACAAAUCGAGCUGUUCUAUAUGCCUAGAUUUCCAGUCAACUUUCGGCGGAAAUCGACCGCAGCCGAUGAUCAAAAUGGGUCGGUAGCCGAACCGUCGUUCCGAGUGCUGGAACGACCUAGCAGCAGCCAUAUUAAAACCUUCGACGGUGGCGUGAGGCAGAGUAGGACAGCUGGUGGUGCACCGAAGAACAAUAUUCACGAUUUGACAAUGGAAGAUAAUCUCUUUGCAGGUUUGAACAGUAGUCGUGGCAGUGGCAGCUCGAAUACUACUAAAACGGGGUCUGACAAUUCCUCCCGUCAUAGUAAUGUAUCAAUGACUCCCUCCUCUACCGAGUAUAUUCCUCAGCAAGAUGAAUGGCGGAAUGCCCCUAGCAGAAAACCCUUGCCUUCAAGUGAUAAUUUCGAUGCGAUUCCCCCUGCGCCACCUGCACACAAGAGCUCUGGCUUUCUCAAACAAGCAACCAGGACAUUUUCGUUUGGGGGUAACAAGAAACAUACACUGCCGCCAAUACCAUCAGAGGAGACCGUUCCUCCUAUGCCAGAAUACAAGACCCCCCAAACCCCGAACGCCCGCUCUCGGGCUGCGACGGCUUCGACAGUCACCAGUGCGACGCCGCCGAAGCUUGAAGAUUCAGAUUUCAAACUAGAUCUAGGCGGUGAAUGGAGCAGCGGUAUGCUGACAAAAUUCGACAAACGUUCGAGUGUCGCAACCUUGAAAGAACGAGACGCAAACAACAGUAGGCCCAACCAGCCAUCGCCUCUCCAUCUAGACCACUCUGCCCCCAUAGAACCGCCCCCAAAGUCGUGGAAUAGCCAACACUCCAACGAGGGACUACUUGGAUCUGGUCGUGUGUAUUCGUCUCCUGUCCACAAAGACGAAAUUACACCACCUCCACCAGUCGCAGACGUCUCGAAACCAAUUAAUAGAUACCCUGAGCGCCGUGCAUCGGAGGAGGAUACGGAGGACACGACUUUAUUGAGCGAUUUAUCAGCAGCUUCCAAAUUUUUGGCAAGUGGUGCAGCUGAUCGUCCCUAUGCAGGUCGAUCAGCUCUUCCCGCUGGUUCAAAAGGAUCAUACUCCAAAACACGAUAUGAUCCUAACGAGGAUGAGGACAAUAUCUUUGAUAAGUCAUUUGGCCGGCCGCCGAGGGUUGCAACGCGGGUUGGUAGCAGCUCCAAUUCAACGCAAAACAACGGAAAUAAGGUUAUGACUCCACGGGAAUUUGAGAAGUAUCGGGAUAAUAAAGCAAAGGAAGAAAAGCUCGGAUUAAUAGGCUCUAACGAGUCGGACAAAGAAGAUGAUGAGAUCAACUAUGAUGAUGAUGAGGAUGAUGAGUUGGAGAGGUCCAAACAGAUACAAAAGCAACGUCAAAAGCAAGAAGCCCAUCUGUCAGUGUACCGGCAACAAAUGAUGAAGGUUACGGGUGAGAGCGCAAAUCCCACACCGCGACCCGCCAUGUCCACGUCAUUAAGCACACCUAAUCUACCGAUAAACCAUGCUCUGAACACUGGCAACACGCCUACACCACCGUCCGAUGGUUCCGAAGAAGAUGAGGAAGUGCCACUUGCUAUACUUGCGGCACAUGGGUUUCCCAACAAGAAUCGCCCACCGACUCGCCUCAGUACUAUGGGCUCACAACCAAACCUUCGAGCUUCUAUGAUGCAACAGUCAGCCACUGCCGGUGCAAAUUCAGUGGCUGGUGAUAGUAAUGCGGGAGGCGCGUCUGGUGGUCGUCUUCCACCUUUUGCUCGAAAAUUACCACAAGAUCCAUAUCUUGGGGCUGGACUCAUUAACCAGGCCCCACGGGAAUCCAUUGCCUUUGCAGGUGGUGCACCGGCUCCAUCAAGAUCACUCCCAACCGGCGGUCUAGUAGGAGUUAUUGCGAACGAAGAGCGGGCUCGGGCCUUAAGACGAGGUAGUCCCGCCGUUGACAACGCCAAAAACAGUAUGACUCAAUUGCAAAUGAACCCGGGAUUCGACCCUAUCAAUGGCAUCCCAGCACAAAUGAUGUACCCGAUGGGCAUGCAGCCACCACAACCACCAAUGCUUACGGUCGGUGAGCAGGCACAAGUUCAAAUGAAUCAGCAAAUGCAUCAGUUCAUGCAAAUGCAAAUGCAAUUCAUGCAGAUGAUGGCCACACAGAAUUCACAGACUCAGGGACAACCCAGACCCAUGGGACAUAUGCCAACGCAGUCAGUCGGGCAAAUGGGUGAUAUGUCGCGCAAUUCAAUGAUGGGUGGUGAUCGGGGUUCAUUCAUUGGUGCGUCCAUGACUGGCGCUCUGGGAUCUGGGCUGAGCUUAGAUGUGCCUCAUCUAGGGCCACAGAUGAGAACCAUGAGCAUGGUUCAGCCAAGCUCAGCAUCCUGGAUUCAGCAACCUCCACAGCCAAGUUAUGUCCCUUCAAUCAACAUUCAAGCGGGUGGCUACGCUCCGUCAAUUGCACCCUCGGAACGAAGUAACAUCGGGCUGCCUGGCCGUUAUCGACCUGUCUCUAGUAUUAAUAUUGACCAAUCUGGUCGAACGUCCACCAUGGGGGGUGCUGCCCACCAUAUCCCAUCCAACCUCAAAGCUGAACCCAAGGUGGCUACUGUUGCGAGGGACGAUGACGAAGACGAUGACGAAGGAUGGGCAGCCAUGAAGGCCAAGCGAGAGCAAAAGAAGAGCCUGUGGCGGUCCAAAAAAACCUUUGAUUCCAGCAUCGGGGCUCUUAUUAACUGAAUGCAUUCUGAUUUCUGCAGUUCCCUAACAUCAACAUCAUUGUUUGGCUAGAAAAAAGAAGGAGCAUCUUGCUACCACCUCAUAUGAGCAUUGCGUCUAUAUCACCUUGCUGCGGUAGCAUGCUUGUUUUUCCACUUUCAUUGUAUCCGUGGGGGGGCCAUGUGUAAGGGAGAUUUCGAUGGACUAUUGUAUAUGUGUAGGGAUCAUGUUGGAUAGAGAUGUGAUGGCACUGGUUUCUUUGGCCUGCACGACAUGAGCAGAAAUUGCCACACUGUUAAAGAAACAGCAGUUGCCGUGAAAGGUCUCUUCUCGCUUGAUCAUCAGGGAUCUC